AUUACAUAAUUCUUUCCAGCAGCCUUACCAGGAAAUUAUUAGACAAUAAUUAGACUUCACACAUCCACACAAUCAUUUAGAAUAAGAUCAUUUUCUGGGUAAUUUAGAUACACUUUGUGCUGAAAAUGUCCAAAAUACAUACAAGAUAUGGUAAGUUGCAGUUUUUAUUUCAUGCCCCUCCCCUGUGUCUCUGAGCGUACUGUGAACUUAGUCACUUCCCUUAUUUAUGAAAGGCUUAAUAAAAGCCUUUUCUUCUGCCCUGGACCCGAUUUCAUAUUCACUUCCCUUCCUGCGAAAAGAAAACAGAGCCCUGAAUGCUUAUUAGGCCUAUGAAGCCAUGUUGUUUUUCCUUCUUCUUCUUCUUUUUUUUUUUUGUACGUUUAGCAAUGUGCAGCUGAAACAGACACUGAUGACUAUCGACAGAGCCGAGACCAAUGUAAACCUGGAGGAUGCUGGACCUCAUCUCCUGCUCCUGAUGACCAUAUAAAGUUAGACUUGUCUCUGCUGAUCACAAACACAGCGGACUUGCCAAAAAUGCAUUCACAAACGCGCGCUUGCAGGCUCACUCAUACGUCGUCACACCACCAGCUCCCUUAAGUGGUCACACACACACACACACAUGCACCGUGUGAGCUUAAUUGCUUGUCUCUGGAGGGGGAAAGAAACACCACAUUGUUUCUAACAGCCUUCAGUGUGUGCACCUCUCCUUCCCCCUUCUCCUGCCUGUUACUGGUGUUUUGUCCACACAGGAAACAUUAACCUUUUCCUGCAUUAGCCAGUCACUCACACAGGCUGCUCUCUGACUCUUUUUUUACCUCCAGAGGUCAGCUGUUAGUCAUCAGUGUCAGAGGCGGAGGGGGUGAAGGGAAGGCCGAGCUGUCAAUCACAGGCUACUUCUGAGGGAACCCUGGAGGAAUACUGUAGAUAAGAUUGCAGAUCGUGAUGUUUUGGGGUUUGUUUUUAUAGCCGCAAAGUAUUUAUUUUUUGUUGUCUUGGUCUGGCAAAUCAAGUUAGCCACACAGGAGAGUGCAGGAGAGGACCCUGCCCCCACUGCACAUUAUAAACUCCUACCUAACCAGAACAAUCUGUGUGCAGGCCGGAGAGCCCAGACACUCUCAGGGAAACUGAAGAGGUGGGGGGGAGGAAAACAGCAGAGAAGCAAAAGGAGGGAUUUGUCCUCAUGGUUAAUGACAUUUUUUUUUUUUUUUUGCACUAUCCAGACAAACCUCCAGCCUGAAAUCUGAAACUGCAGAAGUGGCGUGGCUCAAAGAGCACUCGCUACUCUUUGCUGUGCGUUCUCUGUUUCUCAGUUCACUUUUUCCAGACUGGUUUCACUCAUCCUCCAACAGAGGUGAUUCAAACUGAGACACUUCUCCUGCUACAGUGGAUGACCCCGAGGGGACACAAUGCUCCCGAUGGCCCUUCAUCAGAUUGGUCUGUGUGUGGUGUUUUGCAUCAGCAGCAGUUUGGCCACACCUCUACCUCUUUACAGUAUUGCGGAGGGAAGUACAGACGAAAUUACGGAGGAAGAACUAGGUAACUUAACUUCCUCCGUGCCCACCAGCUACAGUUUCUCUGAGUACCAGACCACACCUGUUGGCCCCAUCCAUGUGGAAACUGACUUUCUGAGUCAGGUUGUGAACUUUCUAGAGGAGAACAUGCUCCUCAUCCUUGUUAUAGCUACUUUAAUCCUCCUUCUCUUCCUUAUUAUCUGUGGGGCGAUUUUCAUGAGCCGCAGACGAAAGGUCAACGCCUACUACCCUUCCUCCUUCCCCUCGAAAAUGUACGUGGACCACAGGGACAAAACCGGAGGUGCUAAACCCUUUAAUGAAGUGCCAGAAAAACCUGCUCCUGAGCAGGAGAGCGAGCCAGUGGACUCUCACAAGCAGCUCCAGGCCGACAUCAUGAGGGCCGCCAAGAGCCUGCGCACGCCAACUAAAUCUGUUGAUGCUGCAGAGGCAAGUGACCACAGUCAGAAAGCAGCAGAUCACAGCCCUGAGGACAGUUCCAAGCCAGAUGGCAGCAUCCUGGAUCAGCAGCUACCGAGUCUCCCUGAGGAAAAGGAGCCGUGCGAGCUGUCCGACGGCGAAACGGCUACAGCAGAAAGCAGCCAAGAGCCGAGUCCUCCAGAGAAGCCCCAGACAGAGGAGGAUGACUCACAGGAGCCCUUAAUUGGCAGGGGUCUCCGUCCCUCCUCUCUGCAUAUUCACAAUGACUCUGCUACUCUGCAGCUGAUCGCAGGAGAGAAAACUGCCUUCUAACUACUCUGAACACUGUGACCUGAAUAUAUUGUCCACUUGGAUCCAUUUUGAAUUCAACAGUGGCAGUUUGUUCAGUAAACCUCAAAAGCUUUAAGAGGGAAAUGUAAAAGAAAGAUCCAAUCACUCCUUUCCUGUGACUGGAUACUGGAUAUUAUUAUGGCAUUUCAUACAUGUUUCAUAGAGUAAUGUCUUUAAUAUCUGGCACAAAAACAAUUUCCUUUUAUGGGGUUAUUAUGCUGUUGUUUUUGUUGGAUAUCUGAAAUUCCACUUAGUGAGUGUGUUUCUGCAUAGGGGCCACUUCAGUAAACAUUUACAGUGUAGUACAGUCCCUCUUAACUUCUGCGCAAAAACAUUGAGUACUGACAACAUUUUACACAUCAGCUUUGGUUUUAUGUAAGCACAAUAAAAUUCAGACAUUGUUGGUAUACCUC